UCUGGCGGCAAUAAUUUACGGUUGUGGUUAUCGAUUAGUCGCCCAUAUUAAUCGUAAGGCUGAUUAUUUUGGCGCUCAUGUUGUGGUCACACUGUUUCAUGGAAAAUUAAAUAAAAUUAUGAAUAAAUAGUUGUGCUCAAAGAAACUAUGUGUUCCAAACGUAAAUUAAGUUUUCCCUUUGAGGGUGAUGAUCAGCAGGAGAACAGUCCGGAAUGUGCAGCUCCAAGGACCAAACAACAUUUUCUAUCAAAGGAUCAUAGCUUAACAAGAGCCAAUGAACGAAGUGUUUUGGUGGAGUCUGCGUCCCCCCAUCGCAGGAAUACUCCGUCCAGGUUCGAGGCGAAUUGGCAGGCGCUAAAGAAGUCCGGAAUCAGCAGCACUCAGCCAGAUUCGCCCGGGGACACCAGUUUCUCCACAUGUUCCCUGUUUAUGAACACCAGUUUUACGGGAACAAAGCGAAGAGCCAAAGCCUUGCCCAUCGUUUUCCAGAAUUCCCCAAGGACUCUUCUUCGGAGUCCGACUAAAGAGCUCAGGCCAUCCUCUUCAUUCCAGACUUCGUGGAAAGCAUUAAAAAGCUUUCACUCACUGAACGAAUCUAGCUGCACAGAUUUGUCCGAGGAUAACUACAUGGAAUCUUCAUCACUGCCAGUUACCCAACUUGUGCCGGAUCAAAGUGCAAAGCAGUACCUGCCAACUAGCCAGAAGAAUGGCAGUUCAAAGCAAAAGCUUCGUUUCGUUAAAGAUGGAUAUGCCGACCAUUUCCGGCGAAUUCUGAAAAAUAGGCGCAUGGAUCAGCGUCAUCUGAAUAACAGGAAAGCCACACACACUGUUCAAGUUGUGGCUAUUUCAAAGGAGUGUGGUCUUUCCUUGGCUUUAGUCGCACCUGAAAGCGGGACCAACUUCAAUAUUCUACUUCAAAAGAACCAGUUAGGACUGCUUAAAAUUGGCACCAGAUUACAAUUCUAUCUGGAUCCAAACAGUAAGCCCUUGCAGCUAAAAAACAAACAAUUGGUCUACUUACGUCCGCACAAUAUAAUUGUAUUAUAAAGAUUAGUAUAGAGUAUAUUUAUAAAAUAGAAUUAAAAGGGACGGAUUUGUAUAAGUCAUUAAAGCCAGCGAAGGCUAAUUUUGUUCAUCAGCAUAUGUAUGCCAUGUACUUAUGGUUGCAUAUUUAUAAUAUUUAAGAAACUUUACUAUCUGUAAAUAAUUGAACUUUGUGAUUACACUAAUGUAUACUCACCGACUUAAAAAGUAAAGUACGGUAAAGUUAGGAAGUACCAAGUAGAAAUAGAAGAAAAUAUCAGUCUUGUAGAAUUCAGGAAGAGAAAACGGUUCACCAGCAUACCGACUUCUCCUGGAGUAAGUUUCCAUGGAUGCGUUGCGCCAGAAAUCUGUAAUCAAUAAAUAUUUUCAACAGUGAUUCCACAAA